UUACUAUACGAUAAAAACAAUUAUAAUUAUUCAAUGUAACAUAUUACUGUUGUUAAAUGAAUGAAAUACUGCCAAACUUAUUUGAAUUUCACAUUUUGCGUUUUCAGUUUUGCUAAAUGUAACUCAAUAAUAGGAAUCAUUGCGUUUUCUAUUCUUUGCAUAGCUGUUUGCUCGUACUAUUCAUAAAUAAGAUUGAUUUAUCUAAAAAGUGAAAAUCAGCCUUAUCUUUGCUAUCUUACGAAUCAUACAAAGAAUGAACUACUAUACCAAACAUAAUAUCACAGCUGAAAGAAGAAUGUAAACAAAAACACGUAGUAUAGUUAUUAGGAAAAAAGAUUUACAUAUCGAUAUAAGAAAUAUUCAUACGUCUGUUUUGAUGUAACAUCAAAUGGCUGGGGAAAAAGAUAUUCUUAGUUUACGAUUUAAUCAAGAUCAAGGAUGUUUCACAUGUUGCAUGGAAUCUGGCCUCAGAGUAUAUAAUGUCGAACCAUUAGUUGAAAAAGCACAUUUGGAAAAUGACAUAAUGGGAAGCAUAGCUACUGCAGAAAUGCUUUGGAGAACAAAUAUUAUUGCCAUAGUAGGUGGUGGUACAAAACCAAAGUUUGCAGAAAAUACAGUACUUAUUUAUGAUGAUUUAUCUAAAAAGUUUAUAAUGGAGGUUACAUUUACCAGUCCUAUAAAAGCUGUAAGAUUGCGUAGAGACAAAAUGGUAGUGGCACUUCAAAGAGAAAUACAUGUAUUCUCAUUUCCUAUGCCAACACGAAGAUUAUUAACUUUAGAAACUAGAGACAAUCCAAAAGGAUUAAUUGAAGUUGCUACAUUAGCUACUGCACAGAAACAACUUCUUGCUUUCCCUGGUCACAAACAAGGCAGUGUUCAAUUGAUUGAUCUUGCUGCUACAGAAGCUGGAAGUUCUAGUGCUCCUGCAACUCUUGCAGCACAUCAAGGUGUAUUAGCUUGUCUCGCAGUUAAUAGUAGUGGAACAAUGAUAGCAACUGCUUCCACGCAAGGUACUUUAAUUAGAGUAUGGGACAGUAUACGUAGACAUUUAUUAGUGGAAUUGAGAAGAGGUGCUGAUCCUGCAACUCUUUAUUGUUUUUCAAAAGUGGGAUUUUUGGGGAAUUAUGUUGAAAGUCAAUGGGCAUUAGCUACAUUUACAGUACCACCAGAAUGUGCUUGUGUAUGUGCAUUUGGUACAAGAAGUUCUGUUAUAGCCAUAUGUAUGGAUGGAACAUUUCAUAAAUAUGUUUUCACUACUGAUGGAAAUUGUAACCGUGAGGCAUUUGAUGUCUUCCUAGAUGUUUGUGACCAUGAUGAUUUUUAACACAAACUGUGUCUAUUGUAUGUUUAAAAUGUCUGUAGGAGAGUUUCUAGUCACUUUAAAUAAGAAACUUCUUGCAACAGAUAUUUGUACAGUAAUACAAUAACAUUAAUAAUUAUAAGAAGAGUACAAACUAUUACAUUUAUUGAUUUUUUAACAUGCUAAAUGUUCUUCAGUCUAUUUUAUAUACACCAACAUAUUAGUGACAUAUGUUUAACUACAAUAUAUAAUAAAAAUUAAUUUUAUAUAAUAAAUGUGCUCUCUAAUCUGUUUUUUUUUUCUUUCAAAAUAUAUUCCGUUAUAAAUUUUUAUUUUUAUUUUUAUUUGCUUUGUUUUGAUUUUCCAUUUCUACAUGUUGCCGAAAUUGUUUAUAUGGUUCUGGAUUAAGCAUAGGAUCUAUCAUUGUAAAGUAACAGUAAAUUCCUAAAUAUCCUGUUAUCGCUCCUAUGAAUACUACAUAUCGCCAUCCUGUUAGUCGUUUAUGCAUCAUCUUUAUCACGUAUUGUGUCUCGUUAUGUUUAGUAUUACAUUAAUGUGCCACUAGAUGGCUACAAAAAAUAUUUUCUCGCUAGUGAUAGGAAAUAAAAUAGUUCCUUUAUAUACGAGAAAUUAAUACCUUCUGUUGUACUUGCU